CGAUGAUGUAGCUUCCGGCGCUGGACCGAAUCACCGGGAGUUGCAUAAAGCUUCACAGACAAUGAGCUAAGUUCUACAUGAGAUUUCCUUUCCAUCCAUGAACAGCAUAAAAAUGUUCAUGUAGACUGGAAAACGUAAGUGCUACGGGAUGUUCGCUGUUACUGAUUUGUACGUUAUGAGAGCAAGGACUUACGACUGAAGUAUCUGAUUUGCUAAGGCCACAACAUAAUAAAUGUCUGAGUGGGUGGUUUGUGAUGUUUAGUGGAGUGAAUCAAGCGUUACUGAAGUGUAAACUUGAAGAUUGCUUGACAGUUCAACAGAUUGAACGAAUGAAGUUCCUAUCAUAACAUCUUCAAAUAUUAGACUGGCUUACACCAAGUUGAAGACUACAUCUGCUCCAAGGUUUGGAUGAAAAGCGAACAGCAAACUGCAUUGCCGACUUGGAUAUAACCGUCAUCAUUAAUGGAAGUGCAUGACAGCUGGGGCUUUCUGAGGUUACAUCACCAAUAGAUUUGCAAGGCAUGACAAAGCAUCGGGGACGCCCCGGUCACGUGGCCAAUGUGGACCCCCAUCAUGGCGGCGCAGCAAGUUGACCCAUUCAAAGCGCAACGCCAAUACGCAGCUUUCAGCCGUAACCAGCAACCAGAUGUCUCCUCCGUCGCUACUAUCACUACACAUCAUCACCAGCAGGUGUUACCGCAGGUGCUGGAACGCCGCAGGGUGGGCAUGGUCGCGACUGUUCAGCUUGGAGACGGGACGCCGUCCCCGCGACAGAGCGGGGACAGUCACAUGAUCCCCAUAGAUGGAAAGCAGGCUCAGCAAGCGCCUUCACAUCAGGAAGCUCCUGGAGCGACAGCCGCAGUUUUUACACGUGGGCGCGCCAUGACUCAGAGGCCAUCGGAUGAGAUUCAUUCGGUUGCCACCAGACUGCGUCGCCGUUUGAGAAGAGCUACCACAUCACUUCGGACAAGAUGGCGGCGAGCGUACAGAAGUCGAAGUCACCAGCAACAGGACACGCAACAAGAAGCAGGAAAGGAGGCCCGCGCCCCGGCGACUGACGGGUUCUUGGCUAAGUUCUCGAGUGUCGCCGGGGCGCCCGUAGAAUCAGAUGCUUACGACAGCCAGCAGGGCUCAGCAAACCGUUGGGAAACCCGUCUCGCUGUGGACCCUACGAAGCCAUUCCACUACAGGUGGCUUAUGUUGGUCUCUGUAGCCGUAUUGUACAACUUCGUGUUCGUGAUUGGUCGUGCCGUGUUCUGGGAGCUCAACAACGCCGCGCCCGCUCUCUGGUGGAUACUCGACUACACCUGCGAUAUCAUCUACCUCCUUGAUAUUCUAGUUCACGCUCACGAAGGCUACCUGGAGCAGGGGCUGCUUGAGCGGGACGCCCGCAAGUUGAGGAUGCACUACCUGAAGUCCAGGAAAUGGCGCUCCGACGUGUUGAGUCUGCUGCCUACGGACCUGGCAUAUAUAUGGUGGUCCCCCGUCUCCUCUCAGAUCCGUGUUCCCAGCCCCGUCAUAGUGAGGUUUAACCGUCUGAUCCGCUUCCCUCGUAUGAGUGAAUUCUUCGACCGCACAGAGACUCGAACUGGAUAUCCCAACGUCUUUCGUAUCUGCAAGGUUGUGUUGGCAAUCCUGGUGCUAAUCCAUUGGAACGCGUGUUUCUACUUCGCUAUCAGCUACGUCAUAGGGUUCGGGUCGGACAACUGGGUGUACAACAUCAACGGAGGACGAAACAGCACUCUUUCCAGACAGUAUAUCUACAGCUUCUACUGGUCUACACUAACCCUCACCACCAUAGGGGAGACGCCCCAACCUGAGAACGACGUGGAGUACCUGUUCGUAGUGGCCGACUUCCUGGCCGGCGUGCUAAUCUUCGCUACAAUUGUCGGUAACAUAGGCAGUAUGAUCAGUAACAUGAACGUGGCAAGAGUGGACUUCCAGAACCGAAUGGACGGAGUCAAGCAGUACAUGGCGUUUCGGCGUGUCUCCAGAGAAUUGGAGGCCCGUGUCAUUCGCUGGUUCUCCUAUACGUGGGCCAACAAACAGGCACUGGACGAGGAACGAGUACUGGCUGCGUUGCCUGACAAGCUGAAGGCUGAAAUAGCUAUCCACGUGCAUCUGGAUACUCUACGCCAAGUCCGCAUCUUCCAAGACUGCGAGCCUGGGCUGUUGGAGGAACUCGUGCUGAAGCUGAGACUGCAGGUUUUCAGCCCGGGGGACUACAUCUGUCGGAAGGGGGAUGUGGGGCGGGAGAUGUACAUUGUGAAGCGGGGGCGGCUGACUGUGGUGGCGGAUGACGGGAGGACUGUGUUGGCUACUCUGGGGGCGGGCUCCGUGUUCGGGGAGGUGAGUGUGCUGGAUAUUGCGGGUAACAAGACAGGAAACCGCCGCACAGCCAACGUCCGCUCGCUUGGCUACUCGGACCUUUUCUGCCUGUCGAAACGAGACCUGUGGGAGGCGCUGUUCGACUACCCGGAGGCCAAGCACAGCCUCAUGGAGCGAGGAUGCCAACUGCUCAGGAAGGACGGCCUCCUGGACGAACAGGCCUUCACGAAGGCACAGGUGGAGCAUGAAAACCUCACCGACAAAGUGGAACGCCUCGAGAACACCCUGGAAAACCUGCAGACCCGGUUCGCACGUCUGCUGGCGGAGUGCUCGAGCCAACAGGCCAAGGUGAAGCAGAGGCUCACGAGAGUCGAGCAACAGACGCUGAGGUCGGUGGAGAGGCGGCGGGCGACGACUGGAGGAAGCUCAAGCCAGGAGAGCGGCGGGGAGAACUUCCGGCUGGUUAAAACAGAAGACGAUGAGAGUCGACUGAUGCGUAGAUCCUUCCAGGGCCUGUCAAGAAUAAGAAGACAUAAGCAAAACACUAUGUGAAGUACAUAACCUAUCCUGAUGAAGGUGGCCUAUAGAAAACAAGACUCGAAACUUUUCCAUCCUAACAUCAAGGACCAUCCACGCUGUAUAGUGAGUGAUAUGUGAGAUUCGGGAGUGUCGUUAUUAAACAAGUAUUCAAAUAAAACUUCGGAAGUGACACAAAGAUUUAAUUAAAUUAAUGGAAAUAGGGGGAAACAGUAGUGCACAACUCUGACAUGUUAUACACAGUUUAUAAAAUUUAUAUAUGCCACGAGACACAACGUUAUGGGUUCUGUGUUUGUCUCUAAUUCACACAGGAGAAAGUUUUUGUGUAUCCUGCGCGUGCCGUCCACAGAAGAAGGCUACAACAUCAUGACUUGAGAAUUUAGAGGACAAUGGAAAUGACUCGCUUUUGAUAUUGACUUCUAGGCGCAAUGAUAAAGUCUGCACCCAAAUAAAAAUAUUUAAAUUCUGCGUUUAACAGAUGUUCUUUUCUCUUUACGCUAUGGUCACGAAUGAAGUAUGACCAAUUCGGCUUGAUAAGUAAUUUAUGACAUAUUCUCAACUAAUCUGGGCAGUUGGUACAUGCCUGUGGCUGAGAUCUGAGUUAAUUGCGAAAUUCUGCGUACACAUAAUAACACAAUACAGAACAACGCGCGCGCGCACGCACACACACCCAAAACUCGGGCAAAUUUAGAACCGGCAAUCACUGAAUUGGAGUGAUCCAAGGAAGCAGGCAUCUUAGCUCCUAUAACUGACUGGCCUAUUUAAUGUUCAAGGAUUUUUAUGUCAGACUUUCUCUUCGGUUAUAAUAAUAUUUACGCGACUUCUUUGUACUGUGAUUAUCGCUACUAAAUGUGAUUUGAAUUUGAUUAGUUAAUUUUGCAAAUGCCAUCAACAUAAUUUAAUAUUACAGUCGAAUAAUUUCUGGAUCUACUUAGGCCGUUAUAAGUAAAGUUAUUUAAAAAAGAAUAUAACAAUCCUUCACUUCCAAGGUGAAUGAUCGCCAUCAUCAACGAUAUUAAAGUAUCACAGACAGAAUAAACGGCACGUAUGGCGGGCGUGGAAUUAAAUCUCACUUUCAGCUGUUAAUACAGACGAAUUUAAUACAUGUCGUAACACUCUGAGAAAACAAAUCAGCAUGUAAAACAUGGUAUUCGAAUGAAUUAUGAGUGCCAUUUUUCAGUUUAUGCAUGAAGAGUGCGAAGAAUUGAUGGUUAUUUAAUAGUUCUUAACCAUGAAAUUUUGCUCGCAAGAUUCUCAAGUCCUCAGGCACUUCAUAAAGGCCUCAUCCAGUCCAAAAUAAAACAACUGCUUGUUCCUAUUUUAAAGAGAUGCGCAUUUAUGAUUGGUUGUAGACUGGAGGUUCCAGUGUAUCAAACACAGGUCCUUACCUAUACAAUUUUAUUACCAGUGCAUUUUAAAACUUUGCCUAUUCGAAGACAAUUCAUUGGACUUUGUUUUCAAUUUUGCAAAGUUACGAAGGGGCACGCAGUAGCGUAGUCGGUGGAGGCAUUAUGCAACAAGUCGGAAGG